AUGGCAGCUGGGCAAUUGGGCAUCAUUGACAAAAGUGGGCAUGUAAGUAAUCCAUACCCAACCCUCCAGUAAGUCGUGACGAACUCACUUACAAAACUCCGUUUUGGACUGGCUUUAUGACCAAAAUUAUCCUAUUUACACUUUGUAGUCAAUUUAGGUGUUUUCAUUCAGCCUGAUAAUUACUGCUGGUAUCCCACUGAGACGAUCUGGUCUGCGGCCAGAUCAGGCCAAUGGUCUAGUCCGAGGUGGCUGUGUCAUAUCCAUCUGGUAGAUUGGGAGGGGGAGAGAGGAAGGUUUUUAAACAGACAGAACUGGGACUCCUACUCUGAGUCACUUUAUACAGUUUUUCAUGCUGAACCGCUAAAGUGCCUAUAACAUCAGUUUAAUACCCUCUGUGGUUGACUUAUUCACUUUAUUCUUAUGUCCAUUAUUGCCAUCUCAUUAGAAUGGUAUGUGCUUUGAUUUCUCCCUCUGCACAGUUCUCCUCCAAAAUAGCACCUUAUUCCCUACAUAGUGCACUACUUUUUACCAGAGCACUAUAUAGGGAAUAGGGUGCCAUAUGGGAUGUAGGCUACCUAGCUCAUUAGGCCAGAGCUGCAGAGCUGAAGCUCAGAGCUGGCGCAGUGGGGAGACGAGAGCCACAGCACUAUACUGCGGAAGCAUCCCAAAUGGCACCCUAUAACAUAUAUAUUACACUACUUUGACCAGCUCUGGUCUAAAGUAGUGCACUAUAUAGGUUAUCUCUUGUGGACAGACUACGUAAACAUAAAUGAUCUGACCAAAUUACGCAUGAUUUUAGUUCUGGGUUAACCGAGAUUACUACUGUAUAUAUAGGUAAUAGGGUGCUUUUUGGGACGUAGCUUGGGUUAACAUGCUGGGGAGGCUCACCAGGGGUUUAUUGGGUGUGUGUGUGUGUGUGUGGAGGUGAUCAUGGUGUGGUUUUAACAGUGUGGUGGGGUGUUGUAUUUAUUGGUGGUUAUAAUUAGCUGUUUCUGUCGAAGAGAGCUGUGUAUCUUGUGUGUGCAUGUGAGAGCAGUUUGAUACCUUUUGAUUGCUACUUUGCAUGGUAUAGCCCCUUACUGUGGCACACUGUUUGUUUCAUCUUGAUUUUAAAGCUGUGUUUAAAUUGAAUGUCAGACAGAAAAGUUGUUAAACUCAUUAUCUAACCUCUCUCUCUCUCUCUCUCUCUCUCUCUCUCUCUCUCUCUCUCUCUCUCUCUCUCUCUCUCUCUCUCUCUCUCUCUCUCUCUCUCUCUCUCUCUCUCUCUCUCUCUCUCUCUCUCUCUCUCUCUCUCUCUGUCUCUUUCUGUCUCGCAGAGCAAACCGUUCCAGUUUGACAGAGUGUUCCAGCCGAAUACGACACAGGAGCAAGUAUAUAACGCCUGCGCCCAGAAGAUUGUCAAAGGUGAGCUCUCCUCAUUCAUUGUUUAUGAACACUGUCCCUACUGUAGAUGUUUUCUUAAUGUGUCCAUGCACAAACCUGAGGAGAAAGCCGGUCUGAAAGAGGAGUAACUUUGCAGUGACUACUUCCUUAUGAUCAGGCUGUCUAUUUGGUUUCUUUGUGUGUAUUUCUGUGAGAGGGGUUGAGUACAGAAGACACAUUUCUGUCUCGUAUGAAUUAAUAAAGUAGUCUUCUUCUUACAGAUGUUCUGGAGGGGUACAAUGGGACAAUAUUUGCAUACGGACAGACGUCUUCCGGCAAAACACACACGAUGGAGGGUAACCUCCAUGACACAGAUGGAAUGGGGAUCAUCCCCAGGAUAGUGCAGGACAUCUUUAAUUACAUCUACUCCAUGGACGAGAACCUGGAGUUCCAUAUCAAGGUAGGUACUGGUUAGUACUCUACAAAUACAUCCCCCUGUUUGCGUCCUAAAUUGCACCCUAUUCCCUAUAUAGUGCACUACUUUUGACAGGGCCCAUAGUUUCUGGUAAAAAGUAGUGCAUUAUGUAUGGAAUAGGGUGCCAUUUGGGAUGCAGAUUUGUUCUGUCCAAUUAGAACAACUCUUCCUACUCUCCAUAGGCAGCUUGCUAACCUUGACUUGCCAUAGCUAGUUCAAAGACACUCAGUAGAAUCACUUCACUUAGCAGGUUUUUAAAACCUAUUGAUUUCUCUCUGUGGGAUCCCAGCUAAUAAGAGAUGACUCUUCUCUUCCAGGUUUCAUAUUUUGAAAUUUACUUGGACAAGAUUCGGGACCUCUUGGAUGGUAUGUCCCAGGCAGAGUGAACACACACUGUCCCAAUAGCACCCUAUUCCCUAAUUUUGACCAAAAGUUGUGUACUACAUAGGGAAUGGGGUGCCAUUUGGAACACACAAUGUGUAGCGUGCCUCUCCUUUUGGCUCGUGGCCAUGCUACAGUAGUGUGGAUAAUUGGCUAGUUUACAUAACGAUCUGUUAAAAGGCUACAUAGAGCAGAUCUGAUUAAUGAAAUGUUGCAUGUUGAAACAGGAAAAGGGUGGAAAUGUUACUGAUAUUGUAAUGAAAAUGUUGACUGAAAAUAAAGAAUGUCUGCAUAUUGCUACGUAAACAUGCUGUAGCUGUAUCUGCUAUUACGUAAAUUCUCCUCACCCAGUUUGAGCAUGAGGUUUCUUCACACACGCUAUGGCUUCGUUUAUACAGGCAGCCCAAUUCUGAACUUUUCCCCAGUUAUUGGCAAAAGAGCUGAUCUGAUUGGUCAAAAGAUCAAUUAGUGGAAACAAGUCAGAAUUAGUUUGCCUGUGUAAAUGCUGUCAAUGAUACUUAAAUGGCUAAUUCAGGGGUCUCCAACCUUUUCUAACAUGAGAGCUCCUUUUUUAAAAAUUAAACUUUUUUUUUUUUAGCUUUCAAAUAGGCACGUUCUUCUCCUCUCCCCUGCAACUCUUCCCUGGGUCCUUAGUGUACAAGAGAAAGUAGUGCACUAUGUUUUCUGUCAAUAUACCUAGUAAAAUAAUGGUUAAUAAACAACUAUUUUUUUCACCCAAAUUAUUUAUUAUAUUUUUCAAAAUUGUAUUCUCACUUUUCAGAUUAUUAUUUUUUUCACUCAUAAUGUCAAUUGUUCAUAGAGAAGCAACGAAAUUGGAUGUUCUGAGUCCAUGUCAAUUCUUACAUCACAUUUGAAUACCAUUUUAUUUUAAAGGUCUGGAAGAACACUCACACAUUUAGAUUUUUUUGUGUAAUUCCCCUUUAAUUGCACAUCUAGCGAGUGAGGAAAGGCACGUCUAAUGUGCCGGUCUAGUGACACUGCUGCUAAUUUCAUAGCAAAGUUUGCAAAUAACAGAUACAAAUGAUAUACUUACUGCCAGGUAAACCUACUUUGCAGUUAACAUUUAAUUGAGAAGGUUUUGGGGAAAGUAUUUCUGUCAACACACAAGAUGGUUAUCACAUCAACUGGCUACACACGGAGUGACAGGCAAACGCUCGCACCACACAGACAGACGGGCAAUAUUGCUGGAAAUUAAUUGGCAUAUAUUGUGUUAGGUUUGGCUUUUUAAGCUAAUUGUGGUUAACCAGGGGUGGGAUAAUGUCAAUGUUGCAUUCUUUAGGUAGUAGCUGGGAGCUUGCGGUAUCUGAUACUUCUUCGAUUUGUUUAUGAUAGUUUGCGGUAGAACACGUGAAAAUUGCAUAUACUUUCAGAAUUGUUUGGCGAGCUACUCAUAGAUGGGCUACGAGCUACUGGUAGCUUGCGAUCGACCUGUUGGAGACCACUGGGCUAAUUAAAUCUCGAUUUGUAAGCAGAAGACAGGCUUUCUGCUGUGGAGACAGAACUAGCCAGAAUAUUCUAGAGUCUUGACCAUGCUGUAUGUUUCCUUCUCUCUUCUCCAGUGUCAAAGACAAACCUGUCAGUGCAUGAAGACAAAAACAGAGUUCCCUAUGUCAAGGUGAGUCUUCCAAUCCAGGGAUGAACUAACUAACACCCAGUAAACUGUCACAGAGUUAGACUGCAGCCACCUAAGAUCAAAAAACAUGGUGUCAUCUGACCUUGCUAAUGUAGCUAUUCCCUAUGAAAAUACACAUUCUCUGAAGAUAUGUAUGCACACACUAGUGCAUUUCGCUCUGAAUAAAAGCACCUGUUGAAAUGGCUAUUAUUAUUAUUAUUAUAUUUAGAAUGUAUAAGAUGGUCCUGUGUCACAUCAUAGGUUUUUCUUGUCCACAGGGAUGCACUGAGAGAUUUGUCUGCAGCCCAGAGGAAGUCAUGGACACCAUCGACGAAGGCAAAUCUAACAGACACGUAGCAGUUACAAGUAAGAGACCGCACCAAUUUUGCAUCCCAAAUGGCACCCUAUUCCUUUUAUAGUGCACUACUUUGGAGGAUUGGAAGUGACGCAGACAAUUACAUUGAUGGAAGUUACAAUCUAUCUGCAAUAUUAAAGCUGAUCUACCCCCUAAAAAAAAGAAAUGGUUUAAUGUGCUCAAUGUUUUCUCAUGCUAGCCUGGUCCCAGAUCUGUUUCUGCUCUCUUACUGACUCCUUGUCACGCAAAACAUGGCAUGACUAUUCCAUAAGGAGUUGGCAAGAGAACACAAACAGAUUUAGCAUCCAGGCUAUUCUCACGCAUGUCAGAGCUCUGGUUACCGAAACCGACUCAUCCAUCAAAUCGAACCAAUCUACUGUAUAUAAUAAGAACCAGUGCGCCACAGACUACAUGAUUAUACACUCUGUCUGGAGUGUAUAUUCAUUCCCUUUAUAGUGCACUACUUUUGAGGGCUCUGGUCUAUGUAGGCUCUGGUCUAUGUAGGGAAUGGGGUGCCAUUUGAGAUGCAACCUGUGUCUAUUUGUGUACUAAUAUAACUGCUUGAUCAGCGCUGAUCCCAGAUGUGUUGUCUUGCUGUAGAUAUGAAUGAGCACAGCUCCAGAAGUCACAGUAUCUUCCAGAUCAACGUGAAGCAGGAGAACACUGCUACAGAGCAGAAACUCAGCGGCAAGCUCCACCUCGUCGACCUGGCUGGAAGUGAAAAGGUAGGAAAAGCCCUUGCACAUCGGAGUUAACGUGUUGCAGGUGCGUGGGAAUAAAACAAUCAUAUUAGAAAAGAAAAGAGGACCCUGCACACUGCUCUUUCCCGUUCUGAUGAGCUCUGAGGCAGAUAACGAUACGUCAUCUUAAUGAAGGUGUACUGGCAAGAGCGGUCUCUCUCUCUCUCUUCUGCACUCUCUCACACUUAGUCCUCUCUGCAGCAUGGUAGAAAUGGAAAAUAGAUUUCCGUUUCUGUGCAAAUGCACAUAGCCCAUCUGUCUUUUCCCAGUUGCCUAAUCUUGUGAGCCUAAUUUUUGCCCCAUUUUUGCCAGUUGCCUAAUCUUGGUAUUAUCAGGACUGAUAAACAUUGUUAGGCAAUGUCAUUGUUAGGCAAUGUUAAGGACUCUGUUGCAAAGCAAGUGUUACUGUUCAAGUCCUCCAUCUUACCAGAAGGUCCCUGUUUGUCUCUUUCCUCCCAGGUCAGCAAGACAGGAGCAGAGGGUGCCGUGUUGGACGAGGCCAAGAACAUCAACAAGUCUCUGUCAUCACUGGGCAAUGUCAUUUCAGCACUGGCUGAAGGCUCUGUGAGUACUUCUCUACUAUGACUGAUAUUAUGACUGGCAGUUUGUUUGGUGUUCAUUCAGUGCUAAGACGCAUAGACUCACUAAAGACCAAUACCUCACAUCAACAGUAUUCUCAAUUCUUGAAGAGAUCAAAAUACAUGUACCUCAAGGCAAGGUUUUGGUUCAAGCUGAUUCAAAGUUGUAUAAUUCUACACCUUUUAUUUUAAUCAUAGAUUGGUUUGUUUAGUUUCUUUGUUCAGAAUUGAACAACCUGGAGGCAAUUGUAUUGUUGUUUCUCUUAAUGAAUUUUCUUUGUUUGUUUGGUCUGCUUUGUUUCAGGGCUAUAUCCCGUACAGAGACAGUAAAAUGACCAGAAUCCUUCAGGAUUCUUUGGGGGGGAACUGCAGGACCACCAUCGUCAUCUGCGCCUCCCCCUCCGCCUACAACGAGUCGGAGACCAAGUCCACCCUCAUGUUUGGACAGAGGUGGGCUCACUCACUAGCUCUUAAAAGGAUAGUUCACUCAAAAACGAUAUUUUCAGUAGUCCACUGUUGAUACAAUCCCCCAAAAAGUGUGCAUGUCAGCAGUCAGAUUUUCAAGAUGGAGCACUUUCAGUACAGAGCAAAACGUGUGGUGAUGAGUUUUACAUCAUAUGAAAAAAAUACAUAAACAAUUCGCGAUGAGUUGCCACAAUCACUAUUUUGUGAGCUAUUCAGGGCGGCUGGAUUAGAUUAGGGUGUAAUGCUUUGGUCCUGUUUGUGAUGUUUCCAGAGCGAAGACCAUUAAGAACACGGUGUGUGUGAACGUGGAGCUGACGGCAGAACAGUGGAAGAAGAAGUAUGAGAGGGAGAAGGAGAAGGGAAAGGCCCUGAGGAACACCAUCACCUGGCUGGAGAAUGAGCUCAACCGCUGGAGGAACGGUGAGGAGGAGAGGACAUUCACCUGGGCUGAGUGCCAUAUGGCAUCCUAUUACCUAUGUAGUGCACUACUUUUGACCAGGGCCGACAUAACCUUGACACCCUUGACAGGCCAUAGGGCUCUGGUCAAAAGUAGUGCAUUUGGGUCGCAGCCCUGGUUUGGGCCUAUCUCAUCACUUCACUGGAAACCAUUUGCUCUGAGUGGAAAGACUCCACUUCCCCCCCCUAGCUUCAUCAACAAAUCCAUUCAUCAUAGAUUAUUCAAAUAUCCCCCCUCCCUAACACGACACCAAACGUACACAUGUACGCACGCACGCACAAACAUUGACCAUGCAAACCUGGGUCGUGUUUAAUGGGUGCAAACCGGAAGAAAAACACUCUGUUGCGAACAGUAUCGCUACGGUAUGCCUUAAUGAACAAGACCUGCUGUUCUACUAGGUCUGCGCUGUACAGUAAAGGCCUAGCAGGGUGUCUGUCUGACCUCUCUGGGGUAAAGUUUCCCCUAGGUACAGAUCUAGGAUCAGCUUUCCCUCCACCAAUCCUAACCUUAACCAUUAGUGAGGAAAAUGCAAAACGGAUCGAAGAUCAGCUUCUAGAAGCAACUUCAUCCUACUCCUGUCUGAGCUUUCUGUGUGACCACGCUACCCCCUGCAGGUGAGAGUGUGCCGGUGGACGAGCAGUUUGACAAGGAGAAGGCCCAAGCUGAGGUGCUGGCCCUGGACAAUGUGCCCAACGACAAGCCUGCCUCCACCCCCAACAUGCCCCAGCUCCGUCUGACUGACGCAGAGAAGGACAAGUGUGAGGUGGAGCUGGCCAAGCUCUACAAGCAGCUGGACGAUAAGGUGAGAGAGACCUGCCACAGAGCGUGUGUGUGUCUAAGCUAAUCUUUCAUCUUUGCAAUGACCGCUUCUGUGACAGCAUGGGCAGGGCCAUUGACGGCUAUCUCCAUUAUGGGCCGAUUGCAUCCUCGAUUCAACUCAGUGGUGAAACCGGCCACAGAACCUCCAGUCCUGUAGGAACAGAGAACAGCCAAGAAGUUGAAGGAAAGGAGCUGAGUGUCAUAGAGACCACAGUGUGGAACAGUCAAUGGUUGAAUUCAGAGAGGGUACUGUGCAGAGAGCAGGCUCUGAGGUUUAUGUGCAGCAGAUUCUCUCAAACACAGCCAUGGACUCAGUGUUAACCACCUCAUUUUGAAGUUAGACAAUGCUCAAAGGGAGGCGAAAAUGUAGACAAACUUGAUCGUUUCAACAUACAGUUUGAGCCCUGUUUUAAAUUAUUGUGAUGCUAACCAUGUCCUCUCUCUGUGUGUCCAGGAUGAUGAGAUCAACCAGCAGAGCCAGCUAGCUGAGAAGCUCAAGCAGCAGAUGUUGGACCAGGAGGAGGUGAGUUUGUCUGUUUCCCAAAUGGCACCCUAUUCCCUAUAUAGUGCAGUACUUUUAACCAGAGCCCUAUGGCCUGUCAAGGGUGUCAAGGUUAUGUCGGCCCUGGUCAAAAGUAGUGCACUACAUAUUGAAUCAUAGAAUGGGUUCAAAACAUGUUUGUAUUUGUAGCUGCUGGUGUCGUCGCGGCGCGACCAUGAUAACCUGCAGUCGGAGCUGAACCGCCUGCAGGCUGAGAACGAAGCUUCCAAGGAUGAGGUGAAGGAGGUUCUGCAGGCAUUGGAGGAGCUGGCUGUUAACUAUGACCAGAAGAGCCAGGAGGUGGAGGACAAGACCAAGGAGUUUGAGAUGCUCAGCGACGAGCUCAAUCAGAAAUCGGUGAGACAAUGUCACCCACUGUCCCUGCUCAUGAAGAUAGCUAUAUGUGUCCUAUUCAUUGUCAUGCUUUCUAGGACCUGCAUGUAAUUUUUUCCUGGUUGCUUCAAUAUAUUCUCAAAAUAUUUUAUACAAGUCAGUCAUAGCCCUUUUUUGUCCCUAAUAUUUAGGAAAUAUUUAUGUUAAAAUGUUUUUCUCUUUCUCUCUCCAGAGCGUCCUGACGUCCAUUGACUCUGAGCUGCAGAAACUGAAGGACAUGAGCAACCACCAGAAGAAGAGGGUCUCUGAGAUGAUGUCAUCACUACUGAAAGACCUGGCAGAGAUUGGCAUCGCCGUGGGCAGCACCGAGAUCAAGGUAAAAGGACAUGACACAUCACCACAUGACACUCCAAAGAUGGGUAUUAUUUUAUUGCCAACUAAACGAAAUGUUUAAAAUCAUUUUCUCCUAAACCUGAAUAAAACGAGAACACUACUCCGACUCCUUUCUCUCUCUCUCUGUUCUCUCUGUCUCUCUCUCUCAAUCACCUCCCUCACCCCUAGCAACACGACGGCAGUGGUCUGAUAGAUGAGGACUUUACGGUGGCUCGUUUGUACAUCAGUAAGAUGAAGUCUGAGGUGAGGACCAUGGUGAAACGCUGUAAGCAGCUGGAGAGCACCCAGUCAGAGAGCAACAGGAAGAUGGACGAGAAUGACCAGGAGCUGGCCGCCUGUCAGCUAAGGAUCCAACAGGUAUUACCAUAUCAUUACAUUUAGAAAGUGCAUUAUUAAAGGAUCUCUAUGCGUAUUAGCCAGCUUCUCUCAUCAUAGUUCUAGAUCCACACACUCCACAACAGCCUCAAUCUGCCACUAUCAGGGUUGCGGUCAAUUCCAUUUAAAUUCAGUCUAUUCAGGAAGUAAACUGAAAGUCCAAUUCUAACGCAAUUCCCUUCCUGAAUUGACUGAAUUGAAAUGGAAUUGGCCCCAACCCUGGCCACCAUACCAUAAUCACUCUCACCAACCUAAUCUUCCACUGAUGUUUGGCUUGACAAUGACAAUGGAGAAGGCAAAGCACAAACAGAUCUGGGACCAGGCUUACUCUCUCCUGUUCCUCCCAUGAACACAGUCAUCAAACUGAGACCUGCUAAAGAAUCACUAGAUGUGUAAUCCACAUAACCCCCUUGUGUAAAUAACAGUCUCCAUCUCUCUCCCCCCAUGCAGCACGAGGCUAAGAUCAAGUCCCUGACAGAGUACCUCCAGAACGUGGAGCAGAAGAAGAGACAGCUGGAGGAGAACGUUGACUCUCUGAGCGAAGAACUAGUGAAGAUCAGUGCCCAGGGUACAACACACACACACACUGCUACAGCUAUUGCACACACAGCUGCUCUCUAUGCACUGAUAACACAUAUUGGACUACAUUCCUUAAAAACAUCUCUAAAACAGAUGUAAGGCCUAUAGUGCCACCUAGUGACAAAUGUCAAAUGUUUCCCUUUUGCAGAGAAAGUCACCGCCAUGGAGAAGGAGAACGAGAUCCAAUCUGCCAAUGAAGUCAAGGUAGGAUGUCUUGUCCAUACCAUAGGGCUGCUUAUUACUCCAAAUUACAUUUCAGAUCAGUGUUGCGACCCAAAUGGCACCCUAUACCUUAUAUAGUGCACUACUUUUGACCUAGCGGACUAAACUCCACUCCAUGGUGAAGGAAGUUUCUGAUGUACUUCACCAAUGGCGAGGAGCCGAGACCAGGCUUCAUAAUUUUUUGUUGUUGUUGAAGUAUUGACCUUGGGCGAAUUGACUUAGUCGGAGAUAGAUUCCACAUAAACCUGGUCUCGGCUCCACGCCGUUGGUGGAGUCAUAAACUUCCUUAAGUAGCAGUUUAGUCUGUUACUUUUGACCAGGCUCUGGUUAAAGGUAGUGCACUACAUAUGGAAUAGGGUGCCAGUUGGGACGCAGCCCAGAAGUCAUGAUAUAUUCCAGAUGAUAAAGUUGACUAGUCCCUACUUGUCCAAUCUAGUCCACUUGUCCGACUGCCUACUAUGAUGACAUGUUACGGAUGUUGAUUGGUGUCCCGUGACCUCUGUGUCACCCCCAGGAGGCUGUGGAGAAACAGAUCGCUGGUCACCGCGAGGCCCAUCAGAAACAGAUCAGCAGCCUCAGAGAUGAGCUGGACAAGAAGGCGCACCUCAUCACAGAACUGCAGGAGUAAGAGACUAAACGCAACCCCACGCACACGCUGUCCACUGUUUACUGUGGUUACGUCCCAUACGCCUUUUGAGGCAACUACAAUGUCUCCUGUCUCCAGUGCUAAGGUGGUGUUGUUGUGUUACAUAACUGGGGCCAAGCUUCCUGCCAUCCAGGUCCUCUAUACCAGGUGGUGUCAGAGGAAGGCCCUAAAAAUGGUCAAAGACUCCAACCACCAAAGUCAUAGGCUGUGCUCUCUGCUACCGCACAGCAAGCGGUACCGGAGCGCCAAGUCUAGGUCCAAAAGGCUCCUUAACAGCUUCUACCCCCAAGCUAUAAAAUGGCUACCUGGACUAUUUGCAUUGACCCCCUUUUUACACCGCUGCUACUCACUGUUUAUUAUCUAUGCAUAGUCACUUUACCCCUACCUACAUGUACAUAUGACCUCAAUUACCUCGACUAACCCGUACACCCGCACAUUGACUCGGUACCGGUACCCCCUGUAUAUAGCCUCGCUAUUGUUAUUUUAUUGUGUUACUUUUUUAAACUUUAGUUUAUUUAGCAAAUGUUAUUUUACUCUGCAUUUUUGGUUAAGGGCUUCUAAGUAAGCAUUUCACGGUAAGGUGUACACCUGUUGUAUUCGGCGCAUGUGACAAAUACAAUUUGAUUUGAUUUGUUCCAGUCUGAACCAGAAGAUCAUGCUGGAACAGGAGCGUCUCAGGGUGGAACACGAGAAACUCAAGUCUACCGACCAAGAGAAGAGCCGCAAACUUCACGAGCUAACGUACGCUACAUACACCUACAGAUAGUGGGCAUGUUCAGAAUAUGUGAUCGCUAAAUACUGUGUGGCAUAUAUACCAAUGAUGUUGUUCACUAGUGCCCACAUAACAUGCUCAUUAUAGAAGCUAUCACUGCUGGUUAGCUUAGAUUAGCACUAUACUUGUCCAAUGUUACUGCAGUCAAGCUGUGGCUAAUGCGUCUGUGUGUGUUGUGCUGUGCAGGGUGAUGCAGGACCGGAGAGAGCAGGCCAGACAAGACCUGAAGGGAUUGGAGGAGACAGUGGUGAGUAGACUACAGAUAACAACAGCUCUUCGGCUUUCCCCUUAAAGGGCAGUUAAAAGGUACAUUUUAAUAAACCUUUGUAGUCAAACUUCUUUCUUUUCAUGAAUCUUUAUGCCUUUCUAUGAAUAAUAAUUGCAAAAAAUAAGGGUAAUUUAGGUGAGUGUUUCGAUUCACCUUUAACCUCUCUUAUCGCUUCCCCAACUCCGCCAGACCAAGGAGCUCCAGACUCUGCACAACCUGAGGAAGCUCUUUGUCCAGGACCUGGCUACCAGAGUGAAGAAGAGUGCCGAGAUGGACUCGGAUGACACAGGAGGCAGCGCAGCUCAGAAACAGAAGAUCUCCUUUCUGGAGAACAACCUGGAGCAGCUUACCAAGGUUCACAAACAGGUAUGUUCUCAACUAUGAAACCAACAAAAAGACCCAAACACACUGAAAUCAGACCAACUCUAGUGCUUUUGGAGAUGGCUAAUUUGCCAAACUUUUCUCCUCACUUUCUCUCAGCUGGUCCGUGAUAAUGCAGACCUGCGCUGUGAGCUUCCUAAACUGGAGAAGCGUCUGCGUGCUACAGCUGAGCGGGUCAAGGCCCUGGAGUCGGCGCUGAAGGAGGCCAAAGAGAACGCCGCACGCGACCGCAAACGCUACCAACAGGAGGUGGACCGCAUCAAAGAUGCCGUCAGGGCCAAGAACAUGGCCAGGAGGGGCCACUCCGCUCAGAUCGGUGAGGAGAGAGGGAAGACACACACACUGCAUGCUGUAAUCCUGGUGGUUAAUGUAUGGUUGGAUGUGCAGUAUGUUAAUGGAUGCCAUUCCUAAACAGUUCCUCUAGCCUAUAUUUUUGUGUACUGCUUUUACAUUGACUGUCUUUUGUAUGACUUAUUUUUUUGUUUUUCAGUUCAUACAAAACACAUAGCAAGAAUGUAUUCCAAUACCUACAAAUGGCAAAAUAAACUUGAUCCUUGAACUUUGAACACAAACGUUAUUCAGUAUAGAAAUGGAUGCCGUUCCUAAACUGUUGUGUUCCUCUGCCCCCCUCCACAGCCAAACCCAUUCGUCCUGGCCAUCCUCCAGUGGCGUCUCCCACCCACCCCAACGUGAACCGCAGCGGAGGGGGUUUCUACCAGAACAGCCAGACCGUGGCCAUCAGGGGAGGGGGAGGCAUGAAGCCAGACAAGAAGUGA